AUGUCGGCCAAAACUAGCAACCCGGUCUUCAAUAACGCGGCCAAUGUCGAGGUCCAGAAACUGAAUGGGCUUUCAAACGACCAGUUACUUGAACUCUACGGCUACUACAAGAUCGCUACUGGCUGCGACAUUACCGAAGAGUCUGCCCCUGGCAUGUUUGAUAUUCGCAAGAAGGAGAAGUGGAGGAGCUGGAAGGCUAAAGUCGACGAGGGAAAUACCGCAGAGCAAGCUCAGGAGAAGUACAUUCAGGCCGUGGAGAAGUACAAGAAAGGGAAGAAAUCUGGCCAGUAA